UAUGGUACGAAAUAGCUCGACGAAUCAAGUUGUGUACACAAAUGACUAUAUUAUACAUAUCAUCUACUUACCGUUGCAUUAUCUCUUUUAUCUAAACUGACAGUGCUUUACUUCAUUACCAUAUUUUAUAGAUGUUCGUUUUAAAUUAAUUGUUAAACAAUUUCAUGGAGUGUGAGGAUUUGCAAAACUGUAAACUCCUGACUAGGAAGCCGAAGAAAAGGAAACUACCUUACCCAAAGUCAGUGGGAUUUAUCGUUACAAAUGAGUUCUGCGAGAGAUUUUCAUACUACGGAAUACGAACGGUACUAUCCCUGUACCUUCGAGAUAAACUGGGUUACACAGAUGACAGCGCGACGGUGAUUUACCAUGUUUUUGUGAUGUUUGCGUACUUUUUUCCUCUAAUCGGGGCUAUGAUAGCUGAUGGAUGGUUGGGGCGAUUCAGGACAAUAUUUUAUCUAUCGCUGGUGUAUGCGACGGGAAGCAUUCUAUUAUCCGUCACUGCAAUGCCGCCCGUUAGUUUACCUCCCUUAGAGUUUACAAUCCUAGCCCUGUUGUUGAUAGCAUUUGGAACAGGUGGCAUAAAACCCUGUGUUUCCGCAUUCGGUGGAGAUCAAUUCAAGUUGCCAGAACAAGAAAAAUACUUAGGAUACUUCUUCUCUCUCUUCUACUUUUCCAUCAAUGCGGGUAGUUUGAUAUCUACCUUCCUGACGCCGAUACUAAGGGCUGAUGUAAAAUGCUUCGGUGAAAACAGCUGCUACUCUUUAGCUUUUGGCGUUCCUGGCGUCCUCAUGAUCAUAUCUAUCAUUUUCUUCGUGGCUGGCAAAAGACUGUACAUUAUAAAAAAUCCAGCUGGUAACGUUUUGGGAAAAGUUGCGUCAUGUAUUGGUCACGCGAUAAUGAACUCUUGCAAGUCGAAGCAGAAAAGGGAGCAUUGGUUGGACCACGCUGACGAUAAGUACGAUGCUAAUAUGAUAGAAGAUAUCAAAUCCCUUCUUAGAGUGCUUGUACUGUUCUUACCGCUGCCAGUAUUCUGGGCUCUUUUUGAUCAACAAGGUUCAAGAUGGACGUUCCAAGCCGAUAGGAUGGAACAGGAUAUCGGAAGCUGGACGUUGAAAGCUGACCAGAUGCAAGUUAUUAACCCACUAUUAAUUUUAGUUUUCAUUCCACUUUUUGAAGUGGCUAUAUACCCCUUUAUGACUUAUUGCAAGCUGAUUAAGAAACCAUUGCACAAAAUGAUAUGGGGAGGAAUUUUAGCUGCUUUUGCAUUCAUAAUAUCUGGAGUUGUAGAACUUAAUUUAUUGCCAACUUAUGGUACACCAGUUGCAAGUGGAUUAGCACAACUUAGAGUUUACAAUGGACACGAUUGCAACUUUACUCUGAAUCUGCAUAACCCAUAUGUCAAUACUACAGUGAAUACCACAGUUGGACCUUUAGGAGUGUAUGAAGAACUAGAUAUUGAGGCUAACCCGUUGAUCGAAUUGCCAUAUAUUUUGCAAGGAUCUCAGGACAGUAGUUGUGAAAAUAUAACUUUCAACGGACACUUCCACUUAUUAGAAAAAACAGCUAAUUCGUAUUUCAUCGCUGAUAAAAGUGUUUAUAGUUUCAUUGAUAAUAACAACAAAGCCAUUGACGGUGUUAGUGUAAGAUUUUUAUCAAAUGUAAUCACAUCAACAACCAUUACUCUUCAAGAUAACAAGAAAAAUAGAACAAAAUUAUUAAUAAAUACUGACGACACAUCACAAAAAAUUAUAGAUAAAGGAAAUUGCAAUGUAUUAGUAAAUGGAGUAAUCGUUAAAGAAAAUUUCGAAUUUAAAGCUGGUGCAGUUUACACGAUUAAUGUCUUUGAAACAAAUAACGGAACUUAUAUGGCAAACGUGGUUACGAUAACUCCACCAAAUAGUGUGCAUAUUUUAUGGCUAGUGCCUCAGUAUGUGGUAUUAACUAUGGGGGAGGUGAUGUUCUCGGUGACCGGACUUGAGUUCUCCUUCACGCAGGCCCCGGCCAGCAUGAAAUCAGUAUUAACAUCCGUAUGGCUACUUACGGUUGCCUUUGGUAAUCUUAUUGUAGUAUUCAUCGUUGAAGGAAACUUUUUAGAUGCUCAAUGGAAGGAGUUUUUCUUAUUCGCUGGCUUGAUGUUACUUGACAUGUUAAUAUUCAUGCUCAUGGCGUUUAGAUACAAGUAUGUAGAGUUGAAGUCAAGUGAAGAAAACUUAGCCAUCGGAGAGAUAAGAAUGCCGGACGUGAAACCAAGUUUACAGUCGAAAGAGAAUUAGUUGCCACGUUUUGUACAAUGAAUUAAAUUUAAAUGUUAAUUGUAUUAUAAUAAAUAAUUUAUUGUGUUAUUAAUAAAAUGAUCAA